CUUGGGAAGAUGAACCUUCAGCACGUCCUUCGGACAUAGAAAUGCAACAGAAACUUAAAGACCUCUAUGAUGAACAUGUAUUUUCUAAAGGAAUUGGCCCUCAAAUAUAUCCAAAAAAAGUUGACUCUAGUGAUAUCCCAAGUUUAGAACUUUCAAGCAAUUUCCAGGAAAAAGUUAGCAUCAGUACCGAUUCUCAACAGUCUAAUAAACAACCUGAAGCACCUGAUGAAUGUGAUGAUCUUA